CUACCACUGUGCAAACUUUGCGGCAGAUGUCGUAAAUGGGUUGUUUAAAAAUAACAAACCUAAUCGUACAUAAAUAUCAAUACUUGCACUGAAUAAGUCGGAGUAUACGCGUCUGUAUUAGAUUAAUUAAAACGCAAUUAUGUCAUUGUACAGUUGUUUUUUCUCAUCAAACAAUCGGUACUCCAGUUCAAGAUAUACCUAUACCGGAUAUGGGAACGGCUCUGGUAACAGGUCAAGCAGACGUCGGUUUGGCUUUGCAAGGUCUAGCGUAACAUCGUAUGAUGAUAAUACUUAUUUCUACGGUAGAAACAGAAGGAGGCCGCAUUAUUGGGAGAGAGAACGAGAGAGGCGUAACAACUUGAACAGAAACAGAAACAAUAGACGUAAUAGACGAAGAUCUCCAUCCCCAGAAACACCACCUUCUCGACCACCCAAACCGGUUAUUCCAAAAGAAGAGCUCGCAAAAGAGCUACAUUGUAAAGACGUUGAUCUUCAUAUAGAAACGAACACAAAGAAACACAGAACGGACGACUAUGAUUGUACAAAGAAGAGAAAGGUUAAUGGUAAAGUAGAGGAAGCUGAACUUGUGGUUCGUCGUGGAGACAGCAUUAAAAUGACACUCACAUUCGACAGGCCGUACAGUAAAGAGAAAAAUGACCUGAAACUUUGCUUUUCUUUAGGAGAGAAUCCAUUGCCAUCUAAGGGAACCAAGAAUGUAUUUGAAAUAGAUGAGUCUGGAAAAAAGAGUUUCAAAUCGCAUGAAUGGGGAGCAACCCUGGUGGACAAGAAAGGAAAUGACGCCACUUUAUUGAUUUCUAUCCCUGCAAAUUGUAUAAUAGGAGAAUGGAACUUUUACGUGGUGACAGUAAGUGAGGGGAAGGACAAACAAGGAAAUCCGCAAAAAAUAACGAAGAAUUUUGAGAUAGAGGACGACGUCAUCAUUCUUUUUAAUCCCUGGUGUAAAGAUGAUGAGUGCUACAUGAAGGACGAAGCCGCACUUGACGAAUACAUUCUAAAUGACAUUGGAGGCGUAUGGAGAGGGAACGCCUACCAGUAUUCCCCUAAACAUUGGAACUUUGGGCAGUUUGAGGAGGGUAUUCUUGAUGCAGCGCUGCAGCUUAUCAGAUUGGGAUUCAAUUCGAAAUUGAGACCAAUGUCUGAUCCCGUGAAAGUCAGUCGGAUGGUUGCAAAAAUGGUGAAUGCCUCAGAUGACAAUGGGAUUUUAGUCGGAAACUGGUCUGGCGAUUACGCUGAUGGUAAAUCGCCCACAUCAUGGGUAGGGAGUGUUAAAAUCAUUCAACAAUGGCAGAAGAGUGGUCCAGUAAAAUACGGACAGUGCUGGGUGUUUUCAUGCGUCACGACAACCAUCUGCAGGGCACUGGGUCUUCCGUGUAGGACAGUUACAAACUUUUCAUCAGCACACGAUAGCGAUCAGAGUAACUGCAUAGAAAAAUAUUUUAUGAAACAAAACGGCGCUGAUGAGCCUAUCAACUACGAUGGAAGCAGUGACUCAGUCUGGAAUUUUCACGUCUGGAAUGAAGUUUGGAUGGCUCGGAACGAUCUUUUUGACUUUACAGACCCUGGUUGGCAAGUAAUCGAUGCAACACCACAGGAGACAAGUGAAGGUGUGUAUACAUGCGGUCCGUGUCCGGUUACUGCUAUACGGAAGGGCAUGUGUCGAACUAAUUAUGACUGCGGAUUCAUCUUCUCGGAGGUGAAUGCUGAUGAAAUCCAUUGGAGAGUACUCCCGGAUGGAAGUCUGGAACGACUCAAAUUUGAUAAGAAAAAGAUUGGUAAAUAUAUCAGCACAAAGAAGCCAGAUGGUGGAUGUGUUGGGUACGGCAAUUCGGAUCGUUUCGAUCUAACUUUAGAUUAUAAGCCACCAGAAGGAUCAGCGGAGGAAAGAGAAACUGUAAUGAACGCGCAUAACACAGCGUUCCAACGUAAACCUUUUGCAUAUGCGGAAAAGGAAAACGAAAAGGCUGUCAAAUUUCAAUUAACUCAUAAUGAUAAUUGUAUGAUUGGCGGUAAAAUGGUGAUAGAAGUAAAGGCGAAGAAUGAAUCUAAUGUUGAGCGUGACCUAAAAUAUGUUGGUAUUUUUGUUGCACCGACAUCAUACACUGGUGCGCGUGGUGAUACCUUUUUCAAGAAGUACUUUGGAAAAUCUUCUUUAAAACCAGGAGAGGAAAAAGUUUUUAAAUCCCUUCUGGAUCCUGAGGAUUAUUUAGAUAAACUUGUUGAACAAGCCAGCGUGUCAAUCGUUGCUGUAGGUAAAGUUGCUCGAAAAGGUAACCUGUAUACUGCUGAGAAGAUGAAGAAGGAGCAUCAAGUCAGGUUUCGACGACCUGAUAUCAAAGUUGAGUGCCCAAAGGAAGCUCAUGUAGGUGAUAAUGUGAAGUUUGUAAUCAGUUUUGACAAUCCGCUAGAGAAAGCACUCACAUGCUGCAGUGUGUCUAUGGAAAGUGUUGGUUUCACUGAUUUUGAUGAUGCCCCUGAAGUAGAUGUGCCGCCAAAGACUACAUACAGACGAGAGUUCACUAUGCCCGCUGUUAAAGCAAAGAAGAACGCCGCUGUUAACUUUAGCUUUGAGUGCAAAGAAAUCCCAGACAUAUCUGGCACAGCCACGAUCCGCAUUGUAUCGUAAAUUUACAAAACUUUAACUGGACUAAAGUGACAAUUUAAAUGACAGAAAUAUUGAUAACUUUUGUAUGGUUUAUUCGCCUUAAUAACCCUUUGCAGGAUUUGCUUUUCUGUAAAUACAUUUCAAGUUUUAGGGAGAAUGACUAAUAAAAUGGUUUAAUUUACUGAUAUAUAUUAACAUAUCUAUUUAUUUUGUAUACUUUUAUUUUUGAAUACAUUAUUAAUAAGAUAAUUUUUCAAAUCUUCUUUCAUUCGUGAAGAAGAAAAUGUUACCUUCUUAAGUUGUUAGCAGUUUUUUCUUGUAAAUUUGAAUAUAUUUGAAUCUAGUGAAUCAUAAAUAUGUACAUGAUAUUUUCGUUUUAAGUGUUAUAAACAUAUUGUUAAUCAUUCUUGUUUGUAUAUAUAGCCAUUAAUCUUGGUUAAGAUAUGCAUCAUUUCAAUGAUUUGAACAUUUGAUACAUAACAAUUAAUUAUGUGAAUUUACUUAAAUUCGUGGGGUUUUUGUCAAAAAAAAUUCUUUUGUGGAUUCUUAAUUUCUUUGAUUUUCUGUUUGUUCAAAAGAAAUAAAAUGCACAAAAAAACUUUUUAAAAAUAUUUGCACCGCAGACUUAAUAAGAUUUUGUUUUAUUUGAAAUUUGUGAAUUAAUCUAUUGG